AUGUUAUUAAUACUUUGCAGGGACAAGUCGACGAAGGCUUCAAAAUGCCGUAAGAAGGUAGAGCCUACUGAAAAAGACGUCACGGAGGCCGAAAGGCAGAUUAAUCUCAAGCUGGAAGAGUGCAAGAAAUAUGCUGAGACAUUCAUCACUAACUUAGACACUUCACGUAGCCCACAUAAAGAAUCAAUUAACGACCUAAAUGCUAAUUUGCGUGAUAAGCUUGAGAACGUGCGUAGGACUGUGCAGUAUGAGAGUGCGCGGUUGGGGAGGGUGAAGGGGCAAGAGGAGAAGGUGUGGAAAGCAACGGAAGCGGAGAUAAAGAAAGUGUUGGAAGAGCUUCAGACAUGUGUCUGCAGUAAAAUUGAUACGCAGGUGAAAUUGCUUGUUAACAAGUUGAAGAGGUUACCGAAAUUUUGA